AUGUUCAAGCCGCCCCUCCAGCACACGCGCAUUAUUGUCAGAAGCCCCAUUUACUUUCCUAAGCGAGGCCUCGAGUCAAGUUCAGCAUCAGACCAUACCAAUCAUGUCAACCAAGUCGUCAACGAGUUCCAGGCGGCACAAGGAAUAACAAACGCCGGCCGUGUCAUCAACGAGAUAUGCCAACGCCUUGCAAAAGACAGGCUAACAACUCAGACCGAGCAGCUCAUCUGGCUGGCGAGGUACUCACUUGAUGCAUCAGAGGCACAUAAGCACAACGUCGACGGUAAUGGCAAACCGGCCGUCCAAGAACAGCCCAAGAUAGCAGACAAUGGCAAGCAGCCAGCCACGUGCGAAGAAGACGACAAACAAGCCAGGGGGGUUGCAUCUGUAUGGGCGCACUUAUGGAAGUGGCAGUAUCAUUGUCUGUUCCUGUUCCUGCCAAGCCUUCGAGAUGAGUGGAUCUUAGGCUUCGAGGCUGUUAUACAUCUAGAUGCGACACAAAUCCCCGCCUAUGAGGCGUCAAGUGCAACUGAGCCUCCACCCGCAUACACAGAGCUCCCAGGCCAACUCGAGAAUCAGGAGCUGGGCACCAAUGCGGUUGUCGCAGAAGAUGGGCGUGUUAAUAUCCGCAUCGACCAAAAGGGCCGUGGGCUUUCGCGGCUCAUGGUCCCCCACAUUCAGCGUCAACUCACACAAGCACAAGAUACCCCCGAACGUCCUCCUCCCUACGUCCCAGAAUUCCUUGGUGGUGCGCCAGGUCAACGGCCUCCACCCCCUUUGAACGUUGUUAUACAAGUGGUGGGAUCCCGGGGCGAUGUUCAGCCAUUCGUCGCUCUGGGCAAGGUGCUGAAGGAGACAUACGGUCAUCGAGUGCGGUUAGCGACACACCCGACGUUCAAAGACUUUGUCGUGGAGAAUGGUCUCGAGUUCUUCAGUAUCGGCGGCGACCCGGCCGAGCUCAUGGCCUUCAUGGUGAAGAACCCAGGUCUGAUGCCAGGUUUUGACACACUCCUCAGUGGUGAUAUUGGCAAGAGGAGAAAAGGUAUCGCAGAGAUCUUGAGGGGAACAUGGAGAUCUUGCAUAGAAACCGGUAAUGGUCUUGGUGUAGACCCUCUCCAGCAAACAGUUGAAGAGUGGAUGAAUGUCGAGGAGCAGCUACCAGAGCAUCUAAAGAAGCCCUUCGUUGCUGACGCCAUCAUCGCAAAUCCCCCUAGUUUUGGUCAUUUGCAUUGCGCCGAGAAGCUGGGGAUACCUCUUCACAUGAUGUUUACCAUGCCAUGGUCACCUACGCAGCAGUUUCCUCAUCCCCUCGCGAAUAUCCAAUCUACAAAUGCAGACCCUAGCAUCACAAACUACAUGUCAUACAUCAUGGUCGACAUCCUCACGUGGCAAGGUCUGGGGGAUGUGAUCAACAGGUUUCGCAAGGAGAGCCUUCGCCUGGAUCCUAUAAGCGCUGUUUGGGCCCCAGCCAUGCUAGCAAGACUCAAGAUUCCCUUUACAUACUGCUGGUCACCCGCACUUAUCCCCAAACCAAGGGAUUGGAGCAACCAUAUCUCAAUUGCCGGCUUCUACUUCCUCAACCUCGCAUCUAACUACACCCCUGACCCGGAACUCGCAGCGUUCUUAGGGGCAGGAGAGCCACCUGUUUACAUUGGGUUUGGUUCCAUCGUGGUGGACGACCCAAAUGCCAUGACAAAGAUGAUAUUCGAUGCUGUCAAGAUUACUGGAAAGCGAGCCUUGGUUUCCAAGGGCUGGGGUGGUUUGGGUGCUGAUGACCUCGGUAAGCCCGAUGACGUCUUCAUGCUUGGGAACUGCCCACACGACUGGCUGUUCAAGCGUGUCUCGGCCGUCGUACAUCACGGUGGAGCUGGAACUACAGCAGCUGGCAUCGCGACCGGUAAACCUACCGUGGUUAUUCCUUUCUUUGGAGAUCAAGCUUUCUGGGGCGCUAUGGUUUCGAGAGCAGGAGCAGGACCAGACCCCAUACCGUACAAGGAGCUUACAGCCGAGAAACUUGCAGGCGCCAUCAAUGAGGCGCUUAAACCUGAGUCGCUCAGGCAAGCGCAGGAGUUGUGUGAGAAGAUCAAGCAGGAAAACGGAACGCAUAAGGGCGCCCAGUCUUUCCAUCAAAUGCUCAACUACGAAGAGAUGCGAUGUGCGGUCAUGCCAGACAAGCCUGCUGUGUGGAGGCUCAAACGAACUCAAGUAAAGCUGAGUGCCAAGGCGGCUACCGUUCUGGCUCAACAAGGCGAAGUCAACUUUUCCGAAAUGAAGCUAUUCCGACCUCGCGAAUAUGUUCCGGACGAAGGCCCUUGGGAUCCUGUUUCUGGUGCAGCAUCCGCCUUGACGGGUACCGCCACAUCCGUGAUGAUGGGAGUUGCUGAUAUGCCCAUUGAGACACUCAAACUUCUCGGCAUUCACCCAGAUGCCAGGAAGAAGAAAGAUAAAGAAAAGUCAACGGGAAGUGAACCUUCCUCAAUCAAGGAAGGAAGUAGCAGCGAGCGGCCGACGAACUCCAGAAGUGCGACGGAAACGACCCAAGGUUCAGCAAGAAGUGAGGCGACUACACCUACAGCUGCUGAUGGUGCUGCUGAUCUCGCCCGUAUUCAAGCCGACCAUGCAGCAGCCACCAGUCCUGCACCUUCUACCACGCCAAAUUCCAGUGCUCCGUCUGGUUCAACGUCUAAAUUCAAUCUAGCGCCCAAGCCAGGGAUGACCGAUAACGUCGACUCUGCAGUGGAUACUGGAAAGGGAUUGGCUCGUAUCGUUGGUGCUGGCUUCAAGUCGCCAAUGGACUUCUCGUUGAACGUUGCCAAGGGAUUCCACAAUGUACCUAAACUGUAUGGAGCAGAAGUUCGACAGGUCGAUAAAGUCACUGACUUCCAGAGCGGCAUACGAACAGCUGCCAAGCAAUUUGGAUUUGGGCUAUACGAUGGUAUUACCGGCAUCGUGACCGAUCCCUACAAAGGCGCAAAGAAAGAAGGGGGCAUCGGUUUUGUCAAGGGCGUUGGGCGUGGUAUUAUGAGCGUCCCAUUCCGCGUCAUGGGAGGUGCAUGGUCAGUUCCUGGCUAUGCCAUGAAGGGCCUUUAUCAAGAGAUGGUCAAGAACAAAGGAAAGGAUGUGCAAAACUACAUCAUCGCUGCACGUGUCGCGCAGGGCUACGAGGAAGCAGCCGGGGUUACGCAAGAGGAACGAGAUGCAGUUGUAAAGAUAUGGGCCGACGUGAAAUCUGGUAUUAAGAAGAAGAGGAACCCCGGAGCUGAGAAGAUGGACUCACUGCACUCACUCGUACAGCAGAAGAAGAUCAAGCAAAACGAGCGCUCAGCAAGACUCACUUCGCAAGCCAAUGCUCCCGACGUUCAACCAUCAACGCCAGGAACCUCGACCCAACAAGGCAGCUUGGUCGGCCAGUACCCCGAUCCUCCAAGAAGACGCGGUGUUGAGCCUGAGAUAAGAUCGACGAUGCCUAGCUGGCGUCAACAAGAAGCUGAACGGACACGCGCAUUGAGACGGCAGGAUACUGCUACUUCUGGAAGCGUAGCAAGCGCACCGCUCCAAUCACCUCAGGCCGAGCUCGAAGCCCAACUCCGGGCCGAAGAGGAAGAAGACCAGCGCGAACUUGAACGAGCAAUUGCAGCUUCUGUUGCAGAGUCUUCGCGCGGCAAUGCCGAACAAGACCAACUUCUUGCUUCUGCAAUCCGCGCUUCAGUUGCAGAACUUGAGCGCGCUCCCGCUGGCACAAUUGCGUCGCAGCAAGAUGAAGAAGAAGCGUUACAUCGAGCUUUGACUGCUAGUUUGGAAGAAGCUCGAAAGGCCAACGUUACCGACGAGGAACAAAGGGCACUCGAAGAAACACUGAGGAAGAGUCUACUGGAAACGAGGGUUCGCCGUCAGCAUGGAAGCGACUCGGAAUGGGAUUCUGAUGCUGACACAAAAGAAGGCGAAGAGUACCGACGCAUUAUAGCAGAGUCGAAGGAACUCGCGCAUAUGCAUGCGAACCACGCAGAGGAUUACGCGACCUCUGCACAGGGGGCGCAGCAGGAAAGCGGUAUCAUGGACGCUAUGAGCCAAGCCAUUGCUGCUUCAACUGACGGAAGUACCGAUGUGGGUACCAUCGCUUCGCCACGAGAGACCCAUUAUGAAGACGAUGACGCGGACUUGCAAAGGGUCCUUGAGGAGAGCGAGAAGGCCGAGACUGAGAGGAUGCAAAUGUUGGAGAAACAGCAGACUGAAGAAGACAUUGUCAUGGAGUAUGUGCGUAAGCAGAGUCUACUCGAGGAACAGCAUCGGCAGCAGGUGAUGCAGAGGAGAGAUACGAAGGGUGAAGGAAGUGGUGCUGCAUCUGGUAUGUGAGAGAUUGACGUAGCUGUUUGAGGGAUGGGGUGGUUUCUGUGCAUGUUCAUUUUUAGUUGUGUUUAGUGAUACCCUGAUGAGCAAAUGCCUGUCUCUAUCUUCCCGCCUGAUGCCACCUGAACAAAAAAAGAGAUCUAUAUGCUUCU